CUCCCGCCGCCCCCUCGCGCCGUCAAGGCCUCCGGAACCGGUCGCAAGCGGCGUAGGACCCCCGCCGCUACAGAGCCCUCGUCCGUCGCACUUCGCCGCCGCGUCGGAGUCAUCCAGCUCGUCGACGCCUGGCGGGGAGAUCCCCAGUGCGAGGGGAACCUCCACGACGGGACCUUCCUUCCUGAUACAGGAAGGCAGGGUUCAUGAGCGGCGGCACGCCUGCAGCAAGCAGUAGCCUGCGGGCAGCACUCUCAUACUGUGUGAGGCAAGUCCGUGCCUAUGACUACCACCACUACCUCUGCCUUCUCCACCUGGCCCCGGCCAUGCGCAAGGCCGCGUUCACCUUCCGCGCCUUCAACAUCGAGACAGCAAGGGCCAUGGAUGUGGUGUCCGACCCCCGGACAUGCCUCAUGCGCCUCCUCUGGUGGAAGGAGGCGGUCGACAAGGUCUUUGGCAACAAGCUGGUCGAGCACCCAGUUGCCCAGGCGCUCUCUUCGGUCAUCGCAGACCACAAGGUUAGCAAGCACUGGCUGAAGCGGUCCGUGGAGGCAAGGAUCAACGACGCCAACCGUGAGGAAGGCACCAUUCCUGGGACGAGCGCGGAGUUGGAGAGGUAUGCGGAGGACACCCAGUCCACCAUCCUUUACAUGACCCUGCAGGCUGGCGGAAUACAGUCCACCGUGGCUGACCACGCCGCCUCUCACAUCGGCAAGGCCAGCGGGCUUCUGUUACUGCUCAAGGCGCUGCCGCACCAUGUAAAUAAGCAAGGGACGGUACAUUAUAUCCCAGCUAGUGUGGCCGAGGAAUGCGGCCUGCUCAUCACACGGGAGGGUGGCAGGUCGGAGGUCAGGGCGGGCAAGAGGCUGCCAGACGCAGUUUUCAAGGUCGCAUCUGUUGCGGAGGCUCACCUGCACAAGGCGCGGGAGUUGGCAUCGUCCGUGCCCAAAGAGGCGAUCCCCGUGCUCCUCCCAGCCUUGCCGGCCCAGGUCCUCCUGGAUACCCUGCGAAGGUGUGAGUUCAACGUGUUUGAUCCUCGGCUGUCGAGGGGAGUCCACGGGGUCUCUCCUCUGUGGUACCAGCUGAAGCUUAACUGGAACGCGUGGCGAAGCAGGUACUAAUGAGGAGGAACUUUUUGCCCUCAGCCAUGGGAGCUGCUGCUGUUCCUUGUAGCAAAAAGCUUUUUAUUGGGGUUUUUUGACAUAGCAGAGAUUGAAUAAGAUGAGUAGGGUCUGCUACUUGCGGCAGAUUUGAAGCUGUUGAAUAUGUGUCGUGCUUUCCGUUGUGUUUGUGGGCUGGGCUCAUUUACAUUGCACAAUUGCAACACUGACAAUGCCUGUUUUUUUUUCUUUUGGAACAUACAAUGCCUGUUUGUAUUCAUACAGCAGAAAGCAGACACUAUUUUUUCG